AUGUCUGACCUGCUCAAUGACCCCGUCUUCUUCAACCUGACUCCAGAUGACUAUCGUCGAGCAGACUUGAGCACGCCUGAGUCCCCGAUCUCUCCGCUUUCUGAGCAAUCCCAUGAAUUCCCUACCUUCGAUAGCUUUGGCUAUCGGGCAAGGGCUGCGGUAAAGGCUUACUUGGAGGAUCAUGAGGGACAUCAUGACUCCGCCAAGCGUCGGCGGUCAGCUCUUGGUCCCGAAGGUUUAUCUCUUGGCGCCAAACGCCCUCUAUCUGCAUACCUGGAAUGUCGCCAACCCUCCGUUAUCAACGGUUGGCCAAUGCCUAGCGCCCCUGGCUAUUGGCCGAGUUACGAUGCACUUUGUGACGGCAAAGAUCCACGAGAUCCUUCGUUCAUUCAAGAACAAGACAAGUUUCCAGGAUCUCCCUCGUCAGACAUAACCUUCGACAACUCAGUCAUUCGACAAGUCCUUGGUACUCGAAAGAUUUACCGCACUGGAAAAUGCGAAUAUCUUGUCCAUUGGGCAGGAUAUCCUAGAGGUCAACUCUCCUGGGUCUUGCAGGACAUCAUUCGCCCUGUUGCCGAGCACCAGUUCAUGUUCUUUGAGUACGAGCGUCACCUGUCGUGCUACAAGGGACCGGGUGGUGGAAUCUUUACCCGAAAAGAUGCACCUCAGUGUGAGGAGGGUGAUGAGAUGGGUUGUGUCGGCUGUGCGCGAUGCGGUCGAGGAUGUAAUUGA